AUGAUAUAUAAUAUAAGACAAGUAUAUAAAUUAUAUAAAUCUUUUUAAAAAUAGUUUAUUAUAAAUAAUUAAAAUUUUUAUAUUAAUUAAUAAUCAAAAAUAAAUUAACUCUAUUAAAUAUUUUUAUGCUUUAUUCAUUCCAUAACUAGGAUUAUCAUUUAUUCAGAUAAAUUGCUAGAUCUAUCAGCAGCUAUCUGUUUUGUAAAAUAUUUUUUUUAGCUUUUUUUUGCAGCAAGUUCUCCAAGAUAAUUUUAUUAAUUCAUUCAUUAAUUCAUUUUAAAUGAUGAUGCUUUUAUUGAAAAUAAACUCUUAAUUCAUAAAAUUGUUUUUUGA